AUGGCGGAACUCGCAGCACGGGCCCAAGUUACAGAGCACAAAAUGGAGGAGGUGGCCGAAGCAGUGAGCUCUCAUGACACAGACCUGCAGGAUCUUAGAGAGCAGCUUCGCCUCUUGGAAGAAACAAAUGAAGACCUCAGCAACAGGACCCGCCGGAAUAACAUCCUGGUAAGAGGAUUACCGGAAUCGGUAUCCACGGAGCUCCUUUUGGACACGCUUACAUCGGUGUUCCAGACCCUCCUACUCACAGCAACAGCAGCGGACCUCCUCAUGGACUGA